AUGAAGCCAUUUGAAAUAAUUUUAACAACUACCGCCUUAAAGGAAGCCCUUGAUCAAAUCGCAAUAGCAAAUCGUGGUCGCCACACACAAUGCACGGGAUUAACAAAGGCAUCCAUUCAAAACCGUUUCAAGGACAAGGUCCAUGAAUCCGUUUAUCAAGAGCUAGAUCCCUUUAGAGUUGCAGAAGAGACACUGAGUGAUAUCAAACUUCAGAAAGAUAUAAAUUUUCUGGAAGUUGUAUUACGCAAAGCUGCCUACGAGUUAUACAUCUCCAAAACAUGGAGCUAUUUGGAAGGAUUAUUGCGAGUAGAAGAAGAGAAUUUAAAACAAGAAAAAGAAAUGAUUUGUAAGCAUAGACGCAAUGCAAUUACGUUCGAAGGAUGCAAAAAGAAAAUGGGAAAGAAGUUCACUAAAUUUGACGUAAAAUUGCGGCUAGUUGACGAGGUUUUGGCAGACGUUAAAAAUGAUUUGAAGAACAUCGCGCAAAUUAAUGAAAUGGAAGUAUCUCUUGUUCAGAAAUGGGAGCAAACUCGUUUUGAUCAAGCACAACUAUUGCAUGAUAAAGAUGAAAAGGAGCUUUGUAAACAACAGAAAUUGUUUGUUCAUAAAAUAGAAAGUGAACAGAGACUUAUUCACGAUAUUGAAGCAUAUAACAACAUACAAAUUAAGGACUAUGAAGAUCAAAUCGACUUCUGGGAACGAAAGUACACUUUGGAGUUAGCAGAACUAAAUAAGAAAAUCAAAAACCUAUCAUCAGCUAUAUUCGAAGUCUGUAAAAAGCAUGAACGUCAUCAAGAUAUUUGGACAAAACGCCAAGAAUACAUAGAUGAAUAUAAGGAACGAAAAGAACGAGAAAGACGCGAAUAUGAAAUCGAACAAAAUAGGAUUAAUUCGGCAAUCAAAAUUCAAGCGUGGUGGCGAGGUGUUAUGGUUCGCCGGCACCUGGGACCCUAUCGACGAAAGAAGAAAGGAAAGAAAGGAGGUAAAAAGGGGAAGUAAUAAAGAUACGAAUAUGAUAAAUCCAUUGCUAAGUCCCUUUAUGCCUUUAUUAUAAAAAGUUAAAUAUUUGAGUACAAAAAAUAUCGGCUUAAGCUAUUUACAUUAUAACAUGUAAGUUUUCCUAUAAAAAUAAAGAGGA